CUUCCGGGAGCGGCGCGGGGCGGAGGGGGAACAUGAGCUGGAUCCCGUUCAAGAUCGGGCAGCCCAAGAAACAGAUUGUACCCAAGACACUGCCCUUUUCCAGGGGCUGUGAUCCACCAGGAAGGAGCUGCUGCCUGUGAUCCCUCAGGUGGAGAGAGACUUUGAAAGGGAAUAUGGGAAGCUGCAGCAAUUGGAAGAUCAGACCAAAAAACUUCAGAAGGAUAUGAAGAAAAGCACAGAUGCAGAUUUGGCCAUGUCCAAAUCUGCAGUGAAGAUCUCCUCAGACCUGCUGGCCAACCCCCUGUGCGAGCAGGAGCCCUCCUUCCUGGAGAUGGUCACGGCCUUCGACACGGCCAUGAAGAGGAUGGACUCCUUCAACCAGGAGAAGGUGAAUCAGAUCCAAAAGACAGUGAUAGAGCCUUUGAAAAAGUUCAGCAGCGUUUUCCCCAGCCUGAACGCGGCGGUGAAGCGCCGCGAGCAGACGCUGCAGGAUUACAAACGCCUCCAAUCCAAGGUGGAAAAAUACGAGGAGAAAGAAAGAACUGGGCCUGUCCUGGCCAAGCUGCACCAGGCCCGUGAGGAGCUGCGCCCUGUCAAGGAGGAUUUUGAAGCCAAGAACAAGCAGCUGCUGGAGGAGAUGCCCAAAUUCUACAGCAGCCGCAUCGAUUACUUCAAACCCAGCUUCGAGUCGCUGCUGCGGGCACAGGUUGUCUACUACACGGAGAUGCACAAAAUUUUUGGGGACCUGACGGCUCAGAUCGACCGGCCCGGGCUGAGCGAUGAGCAGAGGGAGAGGGAGAACGACGCCAAGCUCAGCGAGCUGCGGGCGCUCUCCAUCGUGGCUGAUGAUUGAGGGAGGGGUUCGAGGGGAUGGGGAUCCCCCCCUGCACCCCAGAUCCCAGCCCAGGGAGGGGUUUGAGGGGUUGGAGCCGCUCCUGGCAGCCCAGGGCUCCUCGGUCCUGCUCCUUUGUCACUCCGUGAAUGAGUUCUGCCUUAAAUUUUUGGGGGGUGGAGGAGCAGGGAAGGGAGGGAUGCUGGAUUGUGUCAGGUGAGACCCCGCUCCUCCCCCUCAUUUUGUGCCUUAGGCCCCCUCGGGGAGGGUGAAAUCACUCCAAAAAUCGCUCAAACCCCAUUUUUGGAGGCACGGGGGAGAGGAUGAUGCUUGGGGCAAGCAUCCAUCCCUACAAAAACCCCGCUCCCAGAGCUGAGGGGGUGCCCAGGGUGGGGACAGGGGACCCCAAAUCCCAGAGCAGGGACACCACCCAGCCAGGAACAAACUGGGGACAACUGGGAGGGCUUCCCCCCCUCCUGGGUGUGCGGGAAGAGCCGCAGGGACUCUGUCGCUUGUCCCCAAUAAAGUUUUUGGCAGCGCAGCGCGGCCGGGGCCGUGGCGGUGCCACCACCGG